AUGGCGAGCCACCGAGAUUCGAAUGAAGGGGUAAAGCUUGAAGAUUCUAGAGAUGAAGAUCAUGUAUUUCUUCCUGUAGAUGCUAGUGACGAUGAAAUGGAUUAUCAUGAGAAUAUCCAGCCCUAUCUGAAAAAUGGUAGUAAUCUUAGUAUUUCCUCCGUUACUAGCGCAAGCGCUGCUUUGCUAAGGAAGAGCUUAUCGAACACAUUUUAUGAUAAGGACAAAUUCGAAAAUAACGAGACCGAAAAUGAAACAUACAUUGAACUACGGGCCACAUCUCCUUAUCGCCUAUGA